AGACUAGAAGUCAUUGCGGAUAUCUGGGAGCAGGUGCGAGCGGAGGUUCUGCAGGAGCGUCUAGAGCAGCUGAGCCGGAAGGUCCUUCUUCAGCGGGAACUUAUCUCGGCGCAGGACCAACGCGCCCAGAUCAUUCGGCGUCAAGAGCAGGACUUGAAGCUCAAGAAACGCAAUGAGCAGAAGAAAAAGAGACAAGACAUACUGGCAGAUCUGCAAGCCAAAUGUAAACAGGCCCUAGCACACGACCAGGAGACAAAAAUCAAGUCACUUGCCAGUAACACAAGUGCACAGUCAAGAAAGAAAAACAGAGAUAAUGAGCACACAUGUGAGAGGAGCACCUCCAUCCCCAGAAGAGAUCACAGUAGCAGCAGUAGUUCACAUGCUGACAUACCAGUCUGCUCUUCCACACAGGAGAUAGAAAAUGAAGCUGAUGAUAUCUGUAAGGAUGAACAUGCUUCCAGAAAGACAGUUGAAGGAAUAUCUGCUACAAUCCAGAAUACAGAGCUUUUCAAACUGUAUGGGCAUAAUGCCGGUAAAUACAGUGAUGCCAGAAAGCUGUUUCACAAAAAAAUCCCCCAUGCAAGUCUGAAAAAAUUGGCAGGACACUUGAGUGCCAGCGAGAUCUGGACAACUUUGUGGUCAGACUCGGUCUCUAAACUAUUGCAAGCAGACGAGAGAUUUCCUAAGGAUCUGAAGGAGACAUUCAGUUCUCAUGUGCGGCAGGGAAUCACUAAGUUCAGGAAACCUGUUUCCAGAAGCUUUACCCUGACUGAAGAUGUGCCUGACCUGGACUUCUUGAUGGACAAGUCCAAGCUGCAUCGUGUCAGAGUUCGACACCACAAGACUCAGCUGAUGUAUCGCUCUUCACUUGUCAACCAGGACAGAACCAGGAUUCUCUUGUUCAACAACCCUCUACCAUCUCUCAGUGAUGAUGAGGAGGGGGUUAGCAGGUUUCUUCCUCCAUGUGACGAUACAGAUUCUGUCAGCACAGAAGCUUCUUACUUGAGGUGGCUUAAAGAGGAUCAUUGCCUUGAGAGGGGAGAUAACCAUGAGAUAGCUCCCUACGUUGGGAGAAUGACGCGGCCUUCCCUCUUGUCUGGUGGCUCUGCUGCCAGUAAGGAUUUGCAGGACAUCUGCAAUUCUCUGGUAACAAGGCGGAAACCCAAGAAACAGCCCAG